AUGGAAAUCAGUCGCUUUAGCCAGAUUGAUAUGAUUUAUCUAAUUCUAUAUCUAUAUCUUCUUUGUUAUAUUUGUUGGGCCGCUCACGGACGCUUCGCUCAGAAGUUGCUCACCGACCUUUUCUCCAACUACACCAACGCCCUGCGGCCGGUGGAGGACACCGACCACAUCAUCAACGUCACGCUGCAGAUCACGCUCUCCCAGAUCAUCGACAUGGAUGAGCGGAACCAGAUCCUGACCACCUACCUGUGGAUCCGCCAGGUGUGGUUGGACGCCUACCUCACCUGGGACAAGGACGACUACGACGGGCUCGACACCAUCCGCAUUCCCAGCAGCUACGUAUGGAGACCAGAUAUUGUUCUGUACAACAGUGCGGACGAUGAAUUCUCCAGCUCCAUGGAAACCAACGUAGUUCUCCGUAGCGAUGGUCAGGUGAUGUGGGACCAGCCGGCCAUCACGAAAAGCUCCUGCUCCGUGGACGUGGCCUUCUUCCCCUUUGAUUUGCAGGAGUGUCACUUGACCUUCGGCUCCUGGACGUACAAUGGAAACCAGAUGGACUUGUCCAAUGCCCUGGACAGUGCUGACCUGUCCGACUUUGUCUCCAACGUUGAGUGGGAGGUUCUGGGGAUGCCAGCCAAGAAAAACGUCAUCCUGUACGGCUGCUGUUCGGAUCCGUACCCGGACAUCACCUUCACUCUCCACCUGAAGAGACGGGCGUCCUUCUACAUCUUCAACCUCCUCAUCCCCUGCAUGAUGAUCUCCUUUCUGGCUCCGCUGGGCUUCUACCUGCCCGCUGACUCGGGGGAGAAGGUUUCCCUGGGCGUCACGGUGCUGCUGGCCCUCACUGUGUUCCAGCUGCUGGUGGCUGAGAGCAUGCCGCCCUCCGAGAGCGUCCCACUGAUAGGAAAAUACUACAUAGCUACCAUGACGAUGGUGACGGCUUCCACAGCCCUCACCAUCUUCAUCAUGAACAUUCACCACUGUGGUCCCGAGGCGCGGCCCGUCCCGCGGUGGGCCGAACGCUUCAUCCUCAAUCACCUCGCACGCAUCUGCUUUGUCUCUGAGGUCGGAGAGAACUGUUUCGGUCGGACUUCAUCCAACAAACAACCUCUGUCUCAGGACCAGUCGGAGGCCCCAUCAGCCAAUGGGAAUAACAGAGGAGCAAACUGGGAUGUGAACGGACAGGCCUGGGGAGGGAGGGGGGGGGAGGGCGGGUCAGGGGAGUCUCUGAAGGUGAGGCAGGAUGUGACCAACCAGACGGCCUGGAAGGAGGAUCUGCUGGUGACCAUCGACCACUCGAAGGAGGAAGGAGCUGCUGGUGGUGGAGAAGAGCAAGGACAUGAGAAGAACCGUUUGUGUGGAGAAGAAGAUCUUGAUGAGGAACAGAAAGGAGGUGAAGUCCGGAAGAACAGGAGGGAGAUCUUAGUGAAGUGUGUCUGCCAGCACCAGGGACUGUGCAAGAACGUCGAGUACAUCGCCAACUCCUACCAGGACCAGCGAGCAGCACAGCUGCGCAUCGGGGAAUGGAGGAAGGUCGCCAAGGUCAUGGAUAGAUUCUUCAUGUGGCUGUUCUUCAUCAUGGUCUUCUUCAUGAGUAUCCUCAUCCUGGGAAAAGCCAUCUGA